AUGAGAAAGGGAGGCACCUCCCGGGCCAACAAACUGGAACCAGUGCCCUCCACACGGCUGUUCCAGGUGCAGGGAACCAGCACCAACAACACCAAGGCCUUUGAGGUCCAACCCCGGGCCAGCUUCCUCAACUCCAAUGACGUCUUCAUCCUUAAGACCCAGUCCUGCUGCUAUCUGUGGUGCGGGAAGGGCUGUAGCGGGGACGAGCGGGAAAUGGCCAAGAUGGUUGCGGACACCAUCUCUCGGACAGAAAAACAAGUGGUGGUGGAAGGGCAGGAGCCGGCCAGCUUCUGGGUAGCCCUGGGUGGAAAGGCUCCCUAUGCCAGCACCAAGAGACUGCAGAAGGAAACCCUGGCCAUCACCCCCCGGCUCUUUGAAUGUUCCAACCAGACCGGGCGCUUCCUGGCCACAGAAAUCCCUGACUUCAAUCAGGAUGACUUGGAAGAGGACGAUGUGUUCCUGCUCGAUGUCUGGGACCAGGUCUUCUUCUGGAUCGGGCAGCACGCCAAAGAGGAGGAGAAGAAAGCUGCAGCAAUCACAGCACAGGAAUACCUCAAGACACACCCCAGUGGCCGUGACCCCGAGACCCCCAUCAUUGUGGUGAAGCAGGGACACGAGCCCCCCACCUUCACAGGCUGGUUCCUGGCGUGGGAUCCCUUCAAGUGGAGUAACACCAAAUCCUAUGAGGACCUGAAGGCGGAGCUUGGAAACUCUGGGGACUGGGACCAGAUCACUGCGGAGAUCACCAACCCUAAACUGGACAUGUUCAAUGCGAAUAGCAACCUCGUUUCUGGGCCUCUACCCAUCUUUCCCCUGGAGCAGUUGGUGAACAAGCCUGUGGAGGAGCUCCCCGAGGGUGUGGACCCCAGCAGGAAGGAGGAGCACCUGUCCAUCGAGGAUUUCACCAAGGCCUUGGGGAUGACACCCACUGCCUUCUCUGCCCUCCCUCGAUGGAAGCAACACCACCUCAAGAAAGAAAAAGGCCUGUUUUGAGAAACAGGAGUGGUUGCGGUUGGAGAGCAGUUCCCUACCCUGCUUUCAGUUUCCUUGUUUUCAUGACUGGUGUUAUUAGUCCUAUACUAAUUGAAGUGAAAUUUUACCUGUAAGCAACCUAUUCUUCCAGAAUGGUACCUCCAUAAGGACAGUGUGGUCCCAAUUUCAGCUCUUAAGAAGGUGGUCACAUGGUUUCGACCAUGGGGUGUUAAUGUCACUUUUAACCAUCCUGUUCUAGAGCUUUCCCUUCUUAGAAGAGCAAACACUCCACAGAACAUUCUAAUUCUGAGUCAUCCCUAGGUUUUCCUCUCCUGUAAGUCGUUUUUAACCAUGGAAAGUGGGCUGAAGCCUUUUGCAGUUUCACAUCUUUCCCAGAGUAAUGGCUUUUCCUUCUCACAUACUUUCCUCACUGACUUAGGUGAGAAGUUAAAGGGCACUCCUUCUUUGCAAGAGUUGAAUGGCCUGGGAAAGGGCCCCGUUAGGAAGUUUCACAACACUAACCUGUCCCCAGAGAGCACAGCAUACCCACUGGGUCUAGAACAGAGGUCAUUUCACCCCCGUCUGGUAAUAAUAAGGCAAAGGAAGAGCUUA